AUGUCUACUUCGCACAAUCCUCAAGACAGUAACGGAUACACUGUAACUUCUAGCGAGACUAUUUCUACUUCACCCUCUGCGCCUCCAAAUAAUAUUAACGAUCAACCUUUACAACCUACUCAAAAUACUACUCAAGAACCUGAAUGUAACCGUCUUUGCUCAAGCUCAAACAAUCUUUUUGAAUUUUAUUUUCAACAUCCUAAUGAUCAAAGAAUUAAUAAAGUUGCAUGUGAAAUGAUUUCACAUUCAAAUAUAGUUCAAUAUUUAAACUUAAAUAUUUAUGGUUUAAGACGAAGCGAACUGCAGCAACAAUCACCCUUGAACUUUUCUAAUAGACACAAAGAAAUCUUGAUUCAAAAUGGGGAUGUUCAACCUCAACAAGGAGAAAGUUCAUUUAAUUCCGGACAGAAUUAA